AUGUCACUGGUAUUCAGAAGACUGCUGUCUGCGUCAGCCGCGGUACGGUCGCAUAUAGGCGCAGCACCGCUGUACCUGCUUCCAGAGAACAAACUCAGCGUCGCCGCGGUCGAGACCCCGCGCGUGAUCCGCAAGGGCAAGAGGGUUAUGCGGCUCACGCAGAAGGUAACCGUGGAGGGUCCGUUGGGCUCUGCGUCCAUGGAACUACCGGACUUUGUCUCGCUGGACCACGACGCAGCCAGCGGCCAAGUAGCGGUGACAGUGCACGACGCAGCUAACAAGUCGCAACGCGCCAUGUGGGGCACCGUGCGCUCUACUCUCGGGAGCCACGUUCAGGGCGUCAACGAGGGGCACAUGGCCUUUCUGAAGUUUGUGGGUACCGGUUACCGGGCAGCGCUCGAGGAUGACGGCAAGUUCGUCAGCGUCAAGGUCGGUGCCUCUAUCCGCCAGGGCCUGCCUGUGCCGCCGGGUGUGACCGUCAAGUCACCCGCGCCCACGUUGCUGAUAAUUGAAGGCUGUGUCAAGCAGCAGGUCAACCUGUUUGCAGCUAGUCUGCGCAUGUUCCAUCCCCCAGAACCCUACAAGGGUAAGGGUAUCUAUAUGAACAACGAGACCAUCAAGCUAAAGGACAAGAAGAUCAAAUGA